UUAAGUUUUUACUUGUAUUGCGUGCAGUAGGGUUUUACGCGGUUGUCGAAUCAGCUGUUUGGCGUUUUAGAAUAGCUUGCAAUUGAAGUCACGUGCGUCGGUUAGGAAUUUCAGGAAUUUUAUUGAUUUAUUGUUUUACUUGUGUCAUUAGUUUCAGGUGCAUUUGCACAAUAAUAGGGCUUUUAGAGCGACGUGGGUAUUUUAACUGUGGUUCUCUGGUCAGACACCAGAAGUGUAACCAACUCGUGUGCUUCGCGUCUGCUACCGGUUCCGUUGCGUGUUAAGUAGAUUUUAAGUUUUUACUUGUAUUGCGUGCAGUAGGGUUUUACGCGGUUGUCGAAUCAGCUGUUUGGCGUUUUAGAAUAGCUUGCAAUUGAAGUCACGUGCGUCGGUUAGGAAUUUCAGGAAUUUUAUUGAUUUAUUGUUUUACUUGUGUCAUUAGUUUCAGGUGCAUUUGCACAAUAAUAGGGCUUUUAGAGCGACGCAUAGCGUCGCUCCGUCACAUUUUAUGCGCUCCCUCCCCAUCCCAGUAUGCUCUCUCCCCUUCCGAACCCGCUUCCAGCGUCGCGGGCCCCCACGACAGAGAAACCCAUCCAACCUCCGCGACCUGCAACCAGCUACCAGCCAGAAUGCCACCCUCGCUGGGGGACUCUGGAACUGCCAGUCGGCAACCCGAAAAGCCGACUUCAUCUCCGCCUACGCUUCCCACCUGUCUCUCCAGUUCCUGGCCCUCACAGAGACCUGGAUCAGCCCUGACAACUCUUCUACCCCAACCGCGCUAUCCUCCUCAUUCUCAUUCUCCCACACACCCCGGCCAUCAGGCCGUGGUGGUGGCACAGGCCCCCUGGGAAAUUUUCUGGAAGAGCUUGACAUCCUGCUCAGCUCCUUCCCUGAGAAUGGUGCCCCCCUCAUCCUCCUCGGAGACUUCAAUAUUCACCUUGAAGCCUCCCAGUCUGCAGCCUUCCUUCCACUACUCCACUCCUUCGACCUCUCCCUCCAGCACUCUCCCCCAACCCACAAGGCUGGCAACCUCCUCGACCUCGUAUUUUUGAGGAACACCACCUGCACUGGCCUAAACGUCACCCCUCUCCAUACCUCUGAUCAUCAUUUUGUUUCCUUCUCACUCCCCCUUCCCUCCCACCCACACCCCUUCUCUCCACCCAGCCCUACUGUCUCUGUCCGCCGUAACCUGUGCGCCCUUUCUCCCUCCUCUCUUGCCCCUUGUGUCACUGCCUCCCUCCCCCCUCUUGACGUCUUCUCUGCCCUUCCCUCUGACUCGGCCUCUGACACCCUGCUAUCAUCACUCUCCACUGCCAUUGAUACCCUCUGUCCUCUUGUCUCCAGGCCCACACGCCCAUCUCCUCCAUGCCCGUGGCUGACUGACGUUCUGCGAUCUUCCAGGACUGCCCUGCGUGCAGCAGAGCGGAACUGGAAGAAGUCUAGAAUGCCAACGGACCUCUCUGCCUACCAGUCCCUACUGAACUCCUUCUCCUCAGCAGUUGCCACUGCCAAGGCAACAUACUACCACUCUAAAAUACACAAAUCUAUUGCUAACCCCAGGCAACUGUUUUCAAUUUUCUCCUCUCUCCUCAGUAAACCCUCACCUCCAACUCAGACCUCCCUUACUGCUGAAGACUUCGCAGCCUUCUUCGAAGCAAAGGUCACACUCAUCCGCAGCUCCCUUGACCCUCCCGACUCCCCACCCUUCCCUCCCCCCAUCCCCUCUAUGACCCUCCCCACAUUCUCCACCUUCUCCCCACUCUCUCUCCCUGAUGUCUCCCAACUCUUGCUCUCCCACCGUCCCACCACCUGUGCCCUUGAUCCCCUCCCCUCUACCCUCCUCCAGCUGAUCUCACCAGAGAUCAUCCCCUUCAUCGCCCACCUGAUUAACUCCUCCCUGACUUCUGGCACCUUCCCGUCAUCUUUCAAAAGAGCCCACAUCACCCCCAUUCUGAAGAAACCAACACUGGACCCCUGCCUCACCCAGAACUACAGACCGGUAUCCCUUCUUCCAUUCCUAUCUAAAACUCUCGAACGUGCUGCGUCCAACCAACUUUCCUCUUUUCUUUCUAAACAUAACCUCCAAGACCCUCAGCAGUCUGGUUUCAGACCCGGUCACUCGACGGAGACUGCCCUGCUCUCCGUCACUGAGUCUCUCCACGCAGCACACGCAGCAUCUUCUGAGCGCCUGCAGCCCCAGGGCAGCCAGUCUGAGUAUCAGCCCCCAUCAGCCCCCAUCAGCCCCAAACCAGCCCCCAUCAGCCCCCAUCAGCCCCAAACCAACCCCCAUCAGCCCCCAUCAGCCCCCAUCUGGCACCGAGCCCAUAUUUACAGCCUGCAGGACCAGUGA